AUGGUACAGCUCCUCGCCGGCGUAGCGCGUGACGGGAAUGCUACGACUGUAACUGAAAUGAAUGACGAUUUUGCGCCCCAACUGAUAUAUUGCAGUCUAUUCGGUAUCGAUAUCGUCAGAAGGUCACCUGGUUCAACGAUGCAGCUGUCCACCUUGUUCAAAUUUUUACUGGUCGCCUUGAUUCACGGUGAGGCCGGCUGCCAACAGCACAAGUACUUUCCAUGUCCAAGUGCACGGCCGGUUGCUGUUUGUGCCAAGACACUCAAUUACUCAACCUCAAUAGGAAUCUCUGAUGCCUCAAGCGAAGGUCGACUGGUCGAGUUGGUGAGUGCCCAUAGCGAUAAAAACGGAAAUUUCUGCGAAGGCGACCAUCCAGAUCAAUCCUGCUGCCCACGAGGCCAUUUUACGCCAGGCAUGAAGACGGCCAAAGACGUCUGGCAACGAAUUUGCCCCCUAUAA